AUGGCUGGUAUAAAAAUCAUACUUGGCGGUGGAAUCUUUUGGUCCAAAGACCAUUGGAGCUCUGACAAGCUGGAAACAUUCCUUGAUUCAUUUGCCACUGCGGGUGUCAGAGGCAUUGAUGUUGCGCAGAUUUACGGGGAGAGUGAGGAGGUCCUAGGCGAGGCUUACACAAAAAACAAGUUUGAAAUUGCCACUAAGGUGCCAGGAGUCACAGUGCCGGGUUCGUUCCAGGCAGAACAGGUGGUUCUGCGAACCCAAGAAUCUCUGCGGAAGCUCAAGGUCGAGCAAGUGGACAUCCUCUAUCUUCACACCCCAGACCCUUCCAUACCCAUCGAAGAAACUCUGCAAGGCAUCCAGAGGCUGUUCACUGCGGGCGCAUUUCGGCGCUUUGGGAUAUCCAACUACGCCGCUAAAGACGUGCGCGAGAUCUAUGAACACCAGAAAUCCAAGGGCUGGGUCCUGCCCAGUGUGUACCAAGGAAAUUACAACCCAAUCACACGUCACUACGAGACAGACCUACUCCCACUUUUGCGCGAUCUAGGCAUAUCAUUUUACGCCUACAGCCCAACAGCAGGAGGUUUUCUAGCCAAAAGCAAGCAGCAGGUCGUGAAUGGAGUUGGCCGCUUCGGCAAAGACGGUGGGACGGAGGGCGCUUAUUACAAUGAGCUCUACAAUAAGCCGGCUUUGCUUGAAAUUCUGUCUACCUGGGCCGACAUCGCUAAGGAUGCCGGCACUGUACCUUACCAUCUCGCCACUCGCUGGGUCUCUUACAACUCUGUCCUCCAGCCAGAGCGUGGCGAUGCCCUAAUUAUAGGCGUGCAUGACGCAGAGCAGCUCAGUGAGAACCUCGCCGGCCUAAAACAGGGCCCUCUUUCACCGCGCAUUGCUGAACGCGUGGACGCCAUUUGGGAGAGCGCACGUCGUGAGUCGACAGUCGUUGACGGGAACUUCAUCAUGAACAUGAUCAAGAAGAAUCUUCCACAAGGCUCUGUGCGUUCAGACCAUUUGAGCACACCAACACCCUAA